CGGAAACAAUCAUUACAUCCGGUGACCUGAGAAACGCCGGGCUAAAAAAUUAAUGCGGAAAACAGAAGUACUUCGCAAUUUACAAUCUUUUCGGGUUGAAAAUAAGCGUUUCUCUUGCAUUUUUUUGGUCAGAAUCUGUCAGUGAAAAGUUCGGUAGCAGAAUGUUGAUGAACUUUGGCGAGGUUUUGACGGUUUUAGCGCUAUUUUGGGUGUUUUGUUCGGCGAAGAGAGACGCAGAGUUAUACUGUGGAGCUUGCCAUGUCCUAGUAGAUGAGAUAGACUAUGCUAUCAGACAGAUCGACCCCAGGAAAACCAUCCAGGUCGGGAGUUUCAGGGUGGAUCCAAAAGGCAACCAGAAAACAUGGGAGAUCCCAUAUGCCCGAUCGGAGGUUUACCUAACCGAGCUUGUUGAGACAGUUUGUGAGAAGAUGAACCAGUAUGCACAGAGCACAGACCCAGACACCCAGAAGAAGAGCUAUGUCAGGACCAGCUCCAGAAAUGGAGAAACUCUCUCCCUCUCCAACAUCUCUAUGAACCAGGAUAUCAGCAAGGCACUCAGGUUUGCAUGUGAGUCCAUUAUUGAAGACUUUGAGGAUGACAUGGUGAAGCUGUUCUCCAAAGAAGGACCAAAGCUACAUGAGCUACAGAACAGUCUCUGCAUGGAAACAGCAGAGCUAUGUUCUGAACCGGCAUCUGAGAAACAAGUGACAAAACCAGCGGCAGAAAGAGCGGAAGCAGAAACAACAGAAGCUGAAACAACCGAGACCGAGGGUACAGAACCAGAAAACACCGAAUCGGAAGGAACCCAACCCGAGGCAACGGAGGCUCGCGAAGACUUGUGACCCCCUCUGGCACACUUAUUGUAUUCAUAAUCAUUCCACAUUAAAGUUGUUUUGUCUUGAAUUUUUGUCUAAAUGUUAAUUGUAUAAAAUUGAUCACUCUUAAGUCUUUUAGUAUAUGUUUGUAAAUUUCACAGUUGCUCUAAAGAAAUGGCUGGAAUACCUUCUCUCCUCCAAUCUUAGAUCUUGUGUCACUGUAUUUACUUGUGUUAUAAACAUAUGAAACGCCGACAACAAGAUGGGUAUAUUUGUAUAAACUGCAUUACCAACAAAGUAAAUGACAUCUUGUCAUUUUUGAAUACCCCAUUCUUUUAGUUAAAUGUUUAUUCUCUUUGCUGCCGUAUACUUAAUGAUAUCUUUUAGUAGUACUGUAUUAUUGUGAAUGGAAAUAAAACAAUCUUUGAGAGAAAA